UUUUCAUUUCCCCCCCUAGGAUUGUUUGCCCCUAUUCAGAAAACAGAAUUAAGUUUGUUUGCCGUCUUGCUUUAACAAUUUAUAGGUUUACGAGGCUCAUCAUUCUUAUUUUCUCUAAUGCUUCUUAGUACUUAUGCAUUGUGUGCUUAUUUUCUUGGAGUUAAUUCCUUGUAUUGUUAUCCUAGUUAUGAAAAUUAUUCAGUAAAGUAACUUUUGUAUUUUUUGAGAUAGCAUACCCAUAUUCGCCAUAAAAUAAAUUGCGAAUUUACUUAGUUCACGCCCAUUUGACCCAUCUUAGGAUCCAUAUUUUUAAUCAUACGACCAGACCCUCAAACCCAAAAACUUAAAUGGGUAUACUCAGAUUUCAUCCUUCUUUGCUUUGUUGUAAUAAUGUUUUAUGGUGUGUUGUUCCAUUUUUCAGCUUAUAACUUUUUGCAUUCUCUGGAUAAUGGGUCAUCCUUCUAUCCGUCUCCACUUGAAUACUAAGUAGUAGGUUUUUGUCUACAUGAUGUGCUCCGCCCUAGACUCCGGGCUAAAGCUAAAAUCCCCCAUUCUCUUGGAGCCUAAUUUCUGCUUACCAAUUGAUUUGUUAAAAUUUUUGCAAGAAUUCCAUUGGUAAAUUUUUGGAUGUUUAACAACGUCAAUCAGAAAACAUGAAACAUUGUAUUUUUUUGUUAUUGUCCUAUUCAGAAAGCAAUCAAGUUUGUCUGCGUUCUUGCUCUAACAUUAAGUUUACAAAGCUGUUCAUUCUGAUUUUUUCUAGGCUGGUAAUGCUUGUAUAUCGACAUUUACUUUUUAAAUAAACAUGAUCGACAUUUACUUUUUUGAUGCUAUGUUGGGGAAGCAUUAGUUGUUCAAUGCUUACCUUGCAGCAGGUCAUCAUCCACAUUCUUCAAUAUUUAUUUUAAUCAAAUUGUUAAUGUGAAUUUUCCCCUGGUGUGUUUUGUUUGACCUGUUUAGAAAGGAGAACAGAUGUUCCUCGCAAUUGAAUGGCUAAAUGAACUUUUCUGGCCCAAUUUAUAUUAAGUACACUAUAUAACUUUUAUAUCAUCUCAAGUAGAGUGAAUUAUUUCCAUAAAUCGGCAAGUGUGCAAUCUUCAACAACUUAAAAUAAGUCGAGAAUAUUAGAUUAUGAACUUAAUCUUGCAUAACAUCUUUCUUUGGCAUGCUCCGAUCAGCUUUUGUUUCUAAUAUGUUUCAACUCAUUGUGCUUGCUCUCCUGAAUACUCCAUCUUUUAUCUAUUAAAACUACGUGAUUAGAUAGAGGGGCAGUUAUGCGUUAAUGCCGAAAGCUCAUCACUAUUUGGGAAAUGUAUGGUGAACUAUGAGUUUAAUUGGAAAGAAAAUAGAGUAACAGCUCUUCUCCUCAAGUACAAAAACUGAGGAACGCUGGCUAAUGCGAGGAAGAAAAUCCUUAUAUAAAAUUUCAACAGAAUUGCCUGCAAACUCAUCAGUAUUAGACCAUGAAGAGUGCUAGGAGAUCUGAUGUUGAUACAAUUAGCAACCUGCCAUGUAAUGUCCUGGAUGAAAUUUUAGGUUGCUUGCCUUUGAAAGAUGCAGUGAAGACCAGUAUCUUGUCAAAACACUGGAGGUACAAAUGGGCAACACGUCAAGAACUUGAUUUUGGUUAUGACUUUUUCGGGUCAUUUGCACAUUAUCAAGAAGCUAAGACGAUCAUUUACCAAGUCCUAUUACUCCAUAAAGGACCAAUACUGAAGUUUAAACUCGGAGGCUUUAACUUGAAAAGUUGUCCUGAUAUUGAUCACUGGAUACUCUUCUUGUCAAAGAAAAAUAUCCAGGAAUUCACCCUUCACAUAUGGUCAGGCAACAUAUAUCAUUUACCUUCUCACCUUUUUACAUUCCAGCAGCUAAGGCAUCUGGAAAUUCAUAAAUGCUUGUUUUACCCUCCACCCGGUUUCAAAGGGUUUGAGAAGCUUAUUAAUCUUGAUUUUGAUAGAGUCACUUUUGUUCCAUCAAUAUUUUGGAAUCUCAUCUCUAAAUGCCCAUUGCUUGAACGAUUAAGGUUGCUUUGGUGCACUGACUUUGACACCCUUGAAAUUGAUGCCCCUAAUCUCAAAUUCUUUGAGUUUAGAGGAAAAUCAAAGUCCUUUUGCUUCAAGAAUGCCCCUGUGCUUGGUAGGGUUAUCCUGUCUCUCAAUUCACGUGUUUCGGCUGAUGCAUCUCCUGUUUGUUCAAAUUUUAUGAAGUUCUUCCAUUGCAUACCUUCCCUACGGGAACUGGAUAUACGUGGUUGGUUAUUGGAGUACUUGACCAUGGGAGGUCUGCCAGAAAAUCCCCCGACUGCUCUGAACAAUGUCAAAAUUCUGGAAACGGACAUGUCUUUCAGAAAUGUUGAGGAGGUUUCGGUUGCUGUUUACUCGAUUACAAACUGCCCUAAAUUACAACAGCUUACUAUUAGAUGUUCAGCGGACAAUAAUGUGGAACCUGUUGUACAAUUUUACGAGCCCAAUUAUUCUCUUUUCAAAGAGUACAUAUGAGUACUUUUGGUGGUCUUGAGAUGGAAAUGGAAUUUGUGAGGUUUAUACUAGCAUCUGCACCAUUACAUAAGCAAAUUUUCAUUUGGAAUUAUUCAUGUCUCCUUCUUCGGCCGGGAAGACAAAUGAUGAAUGAGAUAAAACAAUACCGUCGAGCAUCACCCAAUGUUGAAGAAAUUGAUGUACAAGAUCUUGUAUGAUUGAAACCCAAGAAGUGCCAUGACUUCGAUUAUUAGUUGUUGUUGAUAUCGUAUGUAUUACAUCCUUGACUUUGGUCAUUAUGCACUAAGGUGCUGUAUAUGAAUUUAUUUAACUAUUUCAAGAGAGAGAGUUCAACUAUCA